AUGACGGCUAAGAGGACCCAAAAAUGGGAAAGAGGAAAAAGAAGGGACCACACAAGGCAAGGAGAACUCAUCCUGCAAAUGAGGAAGAAAUACAAGCAGAGGAUGUCAAAAUGGGGUUGCAGCAUGCUACGGGUUGACGAAACUUUUAAUAUCCUGCUUAAGAGAAAUGCUGAGCAAACCUAUGAGAAUGUUCUGCAGAUUCUGCAGAAAAUGGAGAGACCAGACAUAAUCGACAUCCACAAGAAGUAUUUCGGUGAGCCGUAUGGAACUGAGGACAUGCCCAAAACCAGCACAGCAAGUGGAUCCACUAAUGCGUAUGUUCCAGGAUAUGCAGCAGAACCUAUUUGCUCUCAUGAAUUCAAGCAACUUUUAUGUUCAACAGAUCCAUUCUUGGUAGCCCAAGCGCCUUGUACUAGUCAUGUGGACAAUUUUGUACGUUGCAAGACCGAGCAGUUCCCAGGUGCAUCACCAAAGCAUGGCCGUUCGCCCAAUACAGUAACCAGCAAUUCGGACCAUGUAGAGGUGUUCAAGGGGUGUAAUUCAUUUCAUAAUAGUCUCAAGGAAGUGACGUCACUGGAUGUAUGCAGCCGUAAAAUUGGUGUCGACGUCAGAGAUUCUCUCAUGGUGUUCAUCGGAGGCGACAAAGAGAAGAAAUUCAUGGAGGCAGCCAAGGAAUAUAUUGAUACUUACUAUCCGCAUGCUGGAAAAAUUCAUUAUUCUCUCCCGUCUGGCCUCCUUCUGAAAGAGUUGGAGAUGGAGAAUGUGGACUUUCCACCACACUUUUUAGCUAAGGCCAGUGUAUUCGAUCAAGUGAAAAACACUUUUAAGUAUCAUCCCUCGUUGGUGGUUGCUGACUACGAGUUUUCCAAGACCUUCAAUGUGAAAAAGACAUUUGAAAAAACUCUGAAAAAAAUAUCCGAAGACUUUCCAGAUGAAGUCACAAAAGUCAACAUUCCUAGAGUCGAGGACCUGACAGCUCAUGACAAUUUUUUGUCCUACCUUAGUGAAAAGACGAUUUACAAUAUAUUCUUCCAAAUAAGAGACACUACAUCGAAAUAUCACGGUGGUAGAAUCAAAGACGAUAUUCAAAAGGCUAUCACUAAAUGUAAAGAUGACAGAACAUGGUUCGAGACGAUGUGUGGGCCCUUCCUUGUCCCUCCAGACAAUUCGCAACAAGCAACAAAAAUUGCUGCCUUUCCAGCCUUUCCCCUCAUGGAGAGAGGGGAACUACUGAGACUGCUGAAUUGUGAAUCAUGCUCAGGGAAAAUCUUGACAAGGGACGAUCUCUGUGAUUCAAAAUCUCUUGAACUUUUUCUCAAACAGAACGGUGUGGAAGCGGAUUCAUUUGAUCCCAGUAGGGCCCAAAGCAUUAUCAAUGAAAAUUUCAGAGAAGUUAUAUAUUUAUAUAUUUGUGCUGCCCAUUUCGUUGAAAUGCCACGGACCGAUUUCCAGUAUGCCGAAGCUUGCAAUGAUCAAAUGAAGAAGUUGGAUAUGCUGGGCAUGCUGACUCCUAAGCAAAAAGAACUUAUUGAGGACACGUCAAGGAUUCUCCUCAUCGCUGGUGGAUCUGGUACGGGGAAGACCAUCAUUCUGAAAGAGAGAGCGAAGUGGCUUGCUAAAAAAAAACCUAACGCUGAAGUAUUAGUCGUGAACCUUCCUGGAGGACUUCUCACAGAAGAAUUUCAGCUCUCCUUUAAAGAUAAGGAUAAUAUCAAGGUGUUGGAUGGGAAAACGUGUAUCAUCCCUGAAGAAUGGCAGGAGAUAGUUAAUUUCCUUGAGAAGGAAGGAAAGGGAAAACAUGUUCUCUUCGACGAAGUUCCUCUAACUAUUGGAAUCCGAGGCAAUCUGGAUGAGAAAAGCCUAUCUGAGCAUUGGGCGAAGAUCUUAAAUAUCCAGGGCUGUCUGAGUCUAACCUUUGCCUUUCGCCCAAACGAUGUCACUUACACAAAAGACAUCAAUAUUCACGAUAUCAAGGUUGCAGGUGCCGCCAUGAAUGUCCUUGAUGUCGUGAAAAGAAAUACACAGCGGGUAUCAGAUUUAUUUUUGGCUCUUGGGGAUUAUUCUCGCCGAAUUUUUGUCUGCGAAGAACCUACCAUGCGUGAUAUGGAAUUUGACCACCGUGGAGGAAGAUUACUGCCCACCUUGUUACCAAUUGCCUCGUGCUCCAUACUUCAUGCUUCUUGCGAGAACAAGUUGAACUGUGACGCGGUCAGAAGCUCUACGGCUAUAUUUGUGAUUGAGGCAUCAGCUAAGAAACCACUGUAUGUGUGCGUGAGCAACAGGGAAAGACGCGAUCGGUUGAUACACACCUUGAAUCUCGCGUUUGACAUAGAAGUCAAGUUCAUAGAUUCCCUAGGAAGAUUUCGUGGAAAGGCGGAGUCUUCUAUCGUUGUUGUCACUCAGGAUCAGAUUCUUGGGUAUCACCCGAAUAGCGAAAUUGUCAUUCUGGACCUACACGAUUGCAAGUGGAGAAAUUAUGUCCGCAUGCUCUCCUCAUGUGAGAGCGAGGUGACAAUCGUCAUGGAUCAGGAGACCCUGCGAACGGGAAAAUAUAUGCCAGUCAGGAUCGGCAUGCCAGACUUGAAAACUGCUAACUCUUUGGAUGAAACGAAUAACAAACUCCAGGAAACAUUUGAAGAGAAUUUUAAGAAGGUGUGCGAGAGAGAGCAGGAGAUAACGCAUUUGGACGAGAAUACAUUUUCCCGAACGAGCAUGCUUCUCUUUUAUCACGAGAGGAAAAAUGAGGGAUGUUCAAAUUCAGAUAUUUCCCAGAGUACACCAAAAUUCACUGUAAUAUUUGGACCUCCCUCUUCAGGAAAGAGCAUGGCAUUGUUCGACAGCAUCCAGCAUCUUUGUCAAGAAAAACAGGAAAAUGAUCGUAUUCUCUUACUCCAUAUGGGAGGCGUCCUCAGUCACCAAGCCUCUCUGGAUCACCUUCAGAAGCAUAAUAAUUCGCUGGAUAUUGUUCGCUCAGAGGCAUGGUCUCCCCAUGAUAUCCUCGAUAAUCAUCAAGUACAUGCCAUAAGGUGGAAGUAUCCAAAUUCAACAAUUCAUGUGCAUGUCGAUGACUAUCGCAUCCAGUCCGGAAGCACGGAUGAAGAGAUUCAAAUGUGGAGAAAGUUCAGGAGCACCCUGAGUAAAGAGCAGAAGCUGACGCUGACGAUAGCGUUUCAGUCCCACUCGAAAGCCGGCCGAGGGAUCUCCAUGAAAGACCUGACUAUUCUUUUCAAAGAUGAAAAAAAUGUAUUCAAAGAUGAAGAAAGAAAGUUGAUAUUUCUUCAUCCGAGAGAUUUUCGAGGGUGUGAAUCCAGUGUUUCCAUCAUCGUUAAUGUGGAUGAUUCUUGGCUUUUGGAGAGCAUGUCCAGAGCGCGAACUGAUCUCUUCAUCAUUGAUUGCUUACCGAGCCAUAAACAAGUAUGGCAAACAAUGCUGGACGAGGAGCGCUUAGAAAUCUAUCCAGUGACUGGAGAGGAAUAUAUCGACGACGUCACCCUUCACCAUCUAAAUUCAUGUGGAAAUUUCCUUGUGUAA